AUAAAUUUGAAGCAAACACACUCACUGCGUAGGAAUUCAAUUUGUGAAGACAGAUGUUGUACCAAAGCAUUUCAAAUUCCAGAUCGUGUGAGGAUUCUCUUGUGAUUGGUGGUGUACAAAUUCCAAAUAACAUGGAGCGGACGCCGUAUCACACAAUAUGGCUGUUUUUAGUCGUUGCUGUGGUGGUUUGCUUCGCAGGGGGAGCUGACGCAAGGCGGUCACUUCUCCAGACCACCUGCGCUAAUCCAGCCCUCCCCAACGUCGACCUACCGUCAUACCUAGGCGUGUGGUACGAGAUCGGAAGCACAGCUCUCAUCAAGAGCUUCACAGAGCAAAACCUGGCAUGCAUAACCGCAAGAUACUCUCUCAUCGAAGCGAACACCAUCCGCGUCCGUAACGAGGGCUACAACACGAGCUCAGGCGAAUUCUCCACCAUCCUCGGUACUGCCACCGUGACAAACCGCACCUUGACGGUCUCAUUCGGCGGCCCCGUAGCCGACUACCGCAUCAUCUACGUGAGCGGCGAAGCAAGAGAAAAGUACGAGACCGCAAUCGUGUACAGCUGCGACGGCGAAGCUGGUGGGUUCCAGUCCCUGUACGUGUUGUCCCGGAAGCCGCAAUUGGACGACGACACGCCGUUGCCCGACCUCCUCACCUUCGCUGCAUCGCAAGGGAUCACUCUAGAGCCCAACAACCAGCUCGUUCUCACCCCACAAGACGCCAUCACUUGCGGCAGAAACAUCGACUGAUCCAUCAUCAUCAUCGCAAACCCUAGCUCGCAAUCCACUGUCGAUCCCUCGCAACAACAGUGUAAGCCCUGCACACUCCUGCGGCGCUUGACACUAUCGGUGUUGUUGUUGCGAGUCUCUCUCUCUCUCUCGCUGUGUGUGUGUGUGUGUAUUCUUCAUGCGACCCACAUGUUGAUGGUGAAGCAGAUUCUGAUCACCAUGGAUUGUUGGAUUUGUUGAAGUCUAGCUUGCCAUGGUGGCUGUAGAAUAAGAAGACGAUGACGGUGACGUUGCGGAGCAGGAACAGGAAGAUGUUGAGAUGAAGCAGUCUUCACCUUUUUGAUUGAUGGGUCAUACUUUUCUUCUCUACCUGUUUCUAUAUAUAUAUAUAUAUAUAUCUAUCUAUCUAUCUAUCUAUCUAUCUAUCUAUAUAGAAAUAUGCUGCACUUGUCUAAACUGGUGUUUCUUAAGCAAUAUUACCAGUUCCUGUAAAGCUCAUUCACUUUUGUGGCUCGGAGAUGUCGGUUGUGAGCUUCAUGUCUGGAUUUUCGCUGAAGUUUUGGUUGGUAAACGAAGAAAUACAAUUUUGGUUUAUAAGA